AUUCAAAAAGAAAGUAGAAAUGAAAAUAUGAGUGCAAGAUAUUGAAUGGAGAUAUUUAUGGAAGUUUUAAUCAUAUUUGCAGUGGUCAUGGUCUAUUUAUGUACAGAUUGUCAUGGACUCAUGUGCUAUAAAUGUGAAAACGAACGAAACAAUUUUCUGUGCGUAGGAGAAUAUAAUCUGAAGCAAUGUGAUUCAGGAUUCGAUACUUGCCAGACAACAGUGUCAUACUCAGAGGUAAGCGAACAGCUUUCAAUAAUUAAGACAUGUACGAAAAAUUCAUCGUGUCACCUGCAAAUAAAAGAACAUUCGGAAUCCGUCCCAUGUGAUCAAACCGGAAGUAGUUGGAUAUGCACCACGUGUUGUAAUGAGGACGCAUGUAAUUUAAACACUGCAACCAGUAAAGCCUCGUUCUCAUUUGUUCUGUCAUAUAUGAAUAUAUUUUUGUAUUUAAGCAUUAAAUGUAUUAUAUAAA